UUUAGUAUUGCUUCAACAUCCUAAUGACAUGGGUCAAGUCGGGUUAUUGUCCGAACUACUUCGUUAUAUCAAACAACAUGUUCAAGAAGAAAGUUUAUGGACAAAAUCAACGAAAGUUGCUUCGCAUUCUUGAUCAAUGCCAUCAACUGAAAUGGAUGUGUUUAUCGGUUGGAACAUGUUUUAAUCCGUCGAUAAUGGAAUACCUGAGCUAUUCUGGUGUACAAGCUGAACUUGAAAGACCCCAAACUCAGCAAAAACUUGAACAUGAUAACGACAUGGAAAUUCUGGAUGGGUUAAAAUGGUGCCGAAGGCUGUUCUUGUAUAGAAAUACCAUCAUCAGUCCGGUUGCUUUAUUGUUGAAAUCCCAGUCAGAAGUCGACGAAUUGAUAACUUACUACAGUACAGUGUGUACACUCUCAACGUUAGCAACAGGAGUCUAUCCGGACUGCAGUGUACCUAUUGGAAACAAGGCCAGGUACAAGAGCAUGACGAAAUGUAAACACUGGCUGAUACCAGGGUCACUGUUUGGCACAGAGGUGUUGUAUUUGGCAACCUUUCACUUUAAAACAGGAAACUACAGGAAAGCGAUACAGAUCUGCAAUGGGGUAAUGCUAUUGAAAACGUUUGGCAUUGACGAUGAAACUCGUGUACCACCAGAACGACAAGCAUCACAUGUACAUGCAUAUUGUGGACAAGGAUACUCUUCAAUAGACAAGCUGAAGAAAAUAUUCACAUACCAUCUAUUUUUCAAAGACAACCCCUUCUGCCUUUCUCAGUUUCAACCAGAGUUAUCAAAAUGCAGUCGCGGCCUGUACAUUCCUUCAUUGCCGUAUGCGGUGUUUCUGUGUUUUCUGUGUUGCCAUGAACUCGGAGACAUUAGAGGACGUGAAGCAGUACUACGUCGCCUGAUAAUGGUCAAGUAUGAUGAACUACAAGGAGGACACAAACACUGGAUAGUACACACACUCCUAGGGAUCUGUUACGAAACGUUAGGGGACAACCACAGAGCAAUCACAGCUUAUUUGGAAUCUUAUCAAACAAAAACACUGUUUCAUGAGUUGAAUCCUGCCAUGGAGAGGAUCGAGGCUUUGCGAUCCAACAGUGGUUAGGUUCUAUAUCUCAGGAUAAAUUUAGACCUGAAUAUUAAUGACAACUUAUCAGCAAACAAUUAUCUAAACUUCACUCUGAAAUUUCCUAUUUGUGAAUAUAACGUCCAUCAUUUAUUUCUUGGCGUUGUAUUCUGUUUGCCAACGUCGCUAUCGGAAUACAACGUUGAACCAGUGUUCAACUUUUUUUUCUGUUUGCAUUCACGAUGUUUUCCUUUUUGUUUUGGUGUGUUAUUGGUAGGUGCUGUUGUUGUCUUUUUGGGACGCCUUUCAGUGCAGGUUUCACAUUGUGACGAGAAGUAUUUAACUCAUUUUUGUAUUUACAUAUAACGUGAGAUGUCUUUAUUAAAUCAAAAACACUUUAAUUCAAUGCUGAAUUUUCGCUGCGGUCAAACGGUCGCCUUUUUCGCUCUCCUGAACGCGAAUUCAUCACACAGGAAAUAUUAGUAAAGAAGUUAAUUUACAUAGUAUCUAAAAUUGAAGGGCGAAAUCAAAAGUGCUCCAAUAUGGACUUAACUGGCAAAAGAAAGGUUUCUCCAAACUGCUUCUAUUGCUCAACGGUAUCAUGUGAUGGCUCAGAGAGGCCGAAUGCAGGGUCCUUAUUAUAUUUGCUUUAGUUUUGGAGGGCUGUCUCGACUUGUGUACUGUGGUGCACAACUGCCGAUAUUUAUGAUGAUAAUACUAGUUCGUGUAUUGCAAGGGCGCAAUAAUGAUCUACAUGCAAAGUUUUUAAGUUUAUUUCAUGUGUUCAGACAGAAGAGGUAAAACAUGUAGUUGUGGUUUUGAUGUUGUAUUUAAGGGAGGCUGUGAAGAGGACAUACAGCUGAUCACUUAUCACAAUAAGUUAUUUUGCCUAUUUGUCAUGAUAUUUGGAUAAUCCACUGUAAUAACGUUCUCUGGUUACUUGGUAAUAAACGUUGUGUAUAUG